AUGGGUAUCUGGGACUAUGUCACCGACCUCUACGAGGCACUGAGCGUGCAGGAGACCUACGCCGAGGAGCCGCAAAAGGACGACGGCGGCGACGAAGGUUCUGAUGAGGGCGGCGAGGAGAAAGAAGAGAGCAGCGAGGGUGGUGAAGGCGAGAGCGACGAUGCCGGUGAAGAUGGUGGUGAUGAGGGCGGCGAUGAUGAGGAGGAAGAAGAGGAGGAAGAGGAAGAGGAGGAUGAGCCAGAGGACCCUAAGCCAAUCAUUGAGGAGAACUGCUUAAAGACAAAGGAGUGUGCACCACUGAAGCACCACUAUGAUGCGUGCGCGGAGCGCGUAAAGCACCAGGAGGAGACCCACGGCAAGGCCAAUGAGGACUGCGUUGAGGAGUACUUCCAUAUGAUGCAUUGCGCCGCACAAUGCGCAGCGCCCAAGCUAUUCCGACAGCUAAAGUAA